GUUUUCAUUGGAAUUAAAAAAUUCUCUUUCAGGCCAUUUAAACAUUGGUUAAAUCCUUAUCUUCAGACGUUGACCAACUCAUUGUAUGGGCAAUCUCGUUUGCGACUUACCACCUCGGUAAAUAUACGAUAUCUUCAUCAUCUCCAGAAAAUCAAUGUUAAAGUUAAUUUCUAUCUAGGCUAAUCCUUUAAUUCAAUCUACAGAUGAACGUCAAGAACAAGCACAAAGAAUGACAACACAUGAUAUCGCUUCGAGAACUGCCUAUCUCUAUCAAAAUCAUCAUCGUAAUUAUAGCCGUCCAUUGAAAAAUACUGCAGCACGUUCUCUCACUCAGAAUUCGAAGACUGUCAAGCAAAACUAUAGUACACAGUCAUAUAAUGUAAUUCGAAUUCGUGAACAAAAUUCUUCAGAUACUUUGCCGAGAGUUGAGAUUAAUGAUGAACGAUCAACACGAAGUACUUCGGUAUAUCAACAAGAUGAUCGCCCAUAUGCACUUUUUGAAGAACGUUUAGCCUGUGAGAUAACCAUGUCUUAUGCACCAACAACGACACUCACUGCAGAAAAAUCUAGCCGUGAAGAAAUUACUGUGAUGCAACGAUAUAGUACUGGGGAAACGAUGCUGGUAUAUCGAGGAUAUUUAGCUAAAGGCGGUAAUUACAGAUGUUACGAAGUAAAAUGA